AGAAUCCCAAUGCUGUCCAAGACCCUUGAAUCGGACCCCGCAGUGUGGUCUACAUCCCUUAACAGCCACUAUAAAACCUUCCAUGCCAUUCCUCCACGCACAAGUUCUCAAAGCCGACGACGAGCUCCUUCUAACGAUUACACUCUUCAUAUGGGGAUAUAGCUACAAUAGUCAAGACAACCCAACACACCUCCUUAAAGGCGGCAUACCACUAUCAAUCUUCUCUUGGCCUGACAACUCCGCCGGAAUCCAAGAUUGUCCAACAAGAUGCAAAUGACGAUCGAGGCGAUCAUCGCUGUCGUCGCACUCGUAGCGGGACUUCCUCCGGCGAUGUACACCCUUUGGAAAUGCUGGAGACGUCGCCGCGAGCAGCGACGUCGUUGCGAGGAAGAAGGCAUCCUUGCCCCCAGACGAGCACUGCACAAUCCCCGACACGCGGUCUCACCUCCCUUGGGCAGUCGAACGGUGGUCUUGAUGGGUCUCUUGGUCGAAAACGGGGCAUCCACGUUUGCUAUGGGCGAACGGUUGACAGCGUGAUAUUGCUCCUCAAACUCCUGCGGUUAGCGUAAGCAUCUGUCUGAGUAGUAGUCGACCUGAUUGGUAGUACAUGGAGGUGGUCAAUGAGAAUUUUGGCCCCAGGGAAAUCAUCUCAAGAUUCACUUCCCGC